GAGGGUAGAGAGAAUAAUAACAUCGUCAGCGCCGCACAGCCAUUACAGUUAAAUGUGCUGAGAUGUAACAGUCGAACGAUUACUAUACGAUUUGUAAACGAGUGUUUUUUUUAAUUUAAAAGCGUGCAAUUAACAAAGAUAAUUGAUAAAUAAAGGAGUGUUUGAAGUAAAGUGUCAAGGAUUAAAAUGCACCCAGUGACAGAAUUGGAAACGAGUGUACCGGCUUUCCUUGGCAAACUCUGGAGACUUGUCGAGGAUCCGGAGACUGACGACCUUAUUUGUUGGGCGCCCAAUGGACGAAGUUUUUUCAUUAGAAAUCAGGCACAAUUCGCUCGAGAAUUGUUGCCGCACUACUACAAGCACAACAACAUGGCCAGUUUUGUACGACAAUUGAAUAUGUAUGGAUUUCACAAGAAAGUUUCGGUCGAAUUAGGUGGCCUCAAGUGUGACAGAGAUGAAAUGGAAUUUGCACAUCAAUAUUUCAUCAAAGACCAUCCAUAUUUACUUGAUCACAUAAAACGAAAGAUCGCUUCUACAAAAUCUCAAGAUUCAGGUCGUCAGCCAAUGAAAUCAGAAAUGAUGAAUAAAGUGUUGUCUGAAGUACGAACAAUGAGAGGACGCCAGGAACAUUUGGAUUCUCGAUUGGGUGCGAUGAAACGAGAGAAUGAAGCAUUGUGGAGGGAGCUGGCAAUGCUGAGAAGAAAACAUCUGAAACAACAGGAGAUUGUUAAUAAACUAAUACAUUUCCUCGUUACAUUGGUACAGCCAACGAGAUCUGGUGGGUUACCGGUAAAACGCCGAUAUCCACUUAUGAUCGACAACGCUAAUCACGUCCGCAACAAACAGAGCAAACUGAGCAAGCCCGAAGCUUCGCCGACUGGUCCAGUCAUCCAUGAAUUGGAUGCUUCAGAGCAUGACAUGGAUCCUGAAUACAUCAACAUUGACAUGUUCGACGGUCAUUCUAACCCAGCAAUACAAAGUCCCGAACAAGACGAAUUCUCAGCGAUGGCUGAUGACAAUUUGGUGACUGUUGAAAUGAUGGAGAAUGCUAUAAACACGCCUGAGGACGCUCGUUGUUUGAGAACGCAAGUUUCACAGAAAAUAAAGCCAAAAGGAAAAAAAAAGAGGAACAACAAGCUGCCUGUUAAAAUUCUCAUCCCUGCCACCGAAUCCGGAGAGGAAGCCAGGGAAGAAACACUCAUGCUAGAGAUGAAUCCAGAAAACGAAGAAGCAAACAUGCCGAUGAUCGUGAUGGAAGAACCGACGAAGCAAUUGAAACUGGUGCCAGUUAAAACGUUGAGGAGUUCGAAACUGAAAGCAAUGGCAGCGAAUAUAAAUAAAAUGAACGACGCUGAGGACCCGGAUUCGUCAGAAGAUGCCGAUGAUGUCGAGCCGAAAGAGCCCGAAUCUGAGAUGACAAAACUCGAGGAUAUUUUCAUAUUACCGGACGAUCUCAGUGAAACGGGUACUUCGAGUGAUGUUAAGAAAACAAACAAUGGCUCGAAUUGGAAGAGCAUGAGUGGAACGAUGAAUUGGACUAAGAAAAAUACUGAGCAAAACGUGGAAUAUCAAACAAGCGAUGGGGAUCCAGACUCGUAUUUUCAAACGGAUAUCGAUAGCGACGCGAAUAGAAAUUCACCAGCUAAUUCGGACUCAAAUUCAAAAGAUUUGUCUGUGAGUCGCGUCAGUCCUUCGGGCAAAACUGACGCUUCAUACACCAGGUUAGGAUCAGUGGAAGACGUGGAUAAUCAUCUGGAAACGAUGCAAACCGAAUUGGAGAAUUUGCGGGAGGUCUUGCGAGGAGAAGGUUACAGUAUUGAUGCCAAUACUCUACUUGGACUUUUCGGCGCAGACGACCCAAUGUCUUUCGGGAUCCCUGUCAAUCCUGAGCUCAAUCCGCAACGUGAUAGGGACGAAGAUGAACGGUCUACCGGUAAUUCUUAUCUACAACAACAACUUCUUGAUAAUUCAAGUUACGUGAACGCUGGUGGGGAGCUCAUGAGUUACACGCCCUCGACGAGUUUGCUAGACUUUGAUGACGACAUAUUCCUGGGUCAAACCAGUGGCAAUUCUCCGUCCGGUCAGAUUGAGAAUCCGAUCGCAAAUCCCUACUACAACAACGAAGAUUCCUCGGAAUUGAACGAUAGUAAAGCAUCACUUCUCGCCUCCCUCGUUGAUACGAACGACGUGAAUACGACUUAGAUGUUUUCGUUCUCGAAAAUACAUAUAUAUUUUUUUUAAGUUCAUUUUUUCUUUUAAUUUUCGAUGAGUUGUUAUAACAUCAUUCAAUCGUCGAGCGAAUGUAGAGUGCUAUGUAUUAUAAAGACGUAAAAAACAAAUGGAGUAGGCCGCACAGCCACACUACGACUUUAUCCGGCUGUGAAGAACUGAUAUCCUUUAGGGCAGUAUAUUAGUCUCACUUAGUUUUGAUAUUCGCAAGAGUCAACAAAUCGUACAUCAUUUUUUUUCUCCUUCGUGUUUAACCUCUCUGGAAGUAACGAGAGGAACAGAAGAAGCGAGUAAGAGAGAGAGAGAGAGAGAGAGAGAGCUUUACGAUAUGCUGUGAAUCAGAUUUUUCAUUACUGCAUUGUAACGAGGAAUUUGAACGUCUAAUUUUUUCGUCGUUACAUCAACUAGGUAGAAAUUAGCUGAGUCGCAGCCAAGAAAAAAAUAUUCACGACUCCAAGUCCUUUUUAUUAAACAAACACAAAAAGGCUCACAAUUAUUUCCCGUAAAGCUCUCUACAUUUUUGUAAUAAGAAAACAAAAACGAAAAACAAACGAUCGAUGAUUGAACUGUAUUACAUGAUAAAUCCGUUAUUACAAGGCUCAGUACUACGACGACAUAGUUUUUCGAUAAUUUCGUAUAAUCAAAACUGCAUAAAACUCAAGGUUUCUUGAAUAUGUGCUGAUUCAUUAUUAUUUCGUUACAAUAAGAAAUUACGUAAGAAAAUGUUCAUAAGUGAAACUUAUCAUCAACGUCACUAUUACAGCAUUAAGAAUGUUUGAUAUAUCGUAUUUUUGUAUGUUCGUCUUAGUAUUGAAUGAUUAAAGACGAAAAAACACUAAAAAAUGAUUAAUCUGUCGAGUGAAAUUCGCUGGUUCGAACACGCGUCGAAAAUCAAAGUUAAAUGUUUUUUUUGUGUUGAAUUUAACAAAAAUUACAAUCGGAUUUCGCAUAAUUAUUGAAUUCGUUCAACCGUGUCCAGCGGCACCUUUAUGGAAUAUGAUUAAUCGCGUAGUCCAUUUCUUUUCGGUCUUCCCCAUUUUUUACAUUUUACACCAACGUUUAUUUUUAGUCGUUUUAUUUUAAAAAAAUCCGAAAUUAAUUUUUUAUUCACUUAUUAUUCGUAAGGAAUUCUAGUGCUGUUAGUUUUCAACAGAAAAAUAGCCUCCUUCAUCACAUAGACGGUUCACCUUGUGGCAUUGACUAAGCAAAAAAUUCUUAGAGAAUCGACGCUCAAGAAUAAUUAGGAAUGGCAAAGAAUCAAUACGGAUGCUUCAUAUUGGUCUCAAAAGAGUAUAAAGAGAAAGAAAAACUUUUUUAUAUGGACCUAAGUGCAUUUAACCUGAAUCACACUUGUCAAUUGAUUCUUUGGUGGAUUCUGAAACGGAAUAGUUGGUGCAUCUCAAAUGAUCGUUUCCCAUAUUUACUAUGAAAAGUCGUGGAAGAAGAGGAAAAAAGUUUUAGCAAGUCUGCAACAUUCGCGAAAUAUUUUACGUUCAAUUUUCUUGCAGGAAAAAAUGGACUUGAGGAAUAAGAAGAAAAUAAAAAGUGGCGGACAAGCAUACACACUCGCCCAGCCUUAGAAUUAGGAAGUAGAUUUGUUUUACUAUGUACAUUGCACUAUUCGCUUUAAAGGGGAAGAAUAAUUCAUUGAUGGAAGAAUACUGUUCAAAUUAUUUAUCACAGUGUUGAUCUAAUCGAUGUAUUGGAGAAUACAGUCAUUUGCGAAACAACUAACAAAUUCGAAUAAAAUAAAGUAUUCUGAAGAAAAAAACAAACUUGAAAAAUGUCCUUCAGUUUCGAACUUGUGAAAAUUUGACGCUGCGUAAAAUAUCUGAAAAAAACUAUUACGACAAAUUUAUUCUGAGCACGUCCAAUCGUGAAAAAAAACGAAUACUUCACAUUGUACUUGGUUGUAACUUAUCGAUUAAGAAAAAUCGUUGAAAUAUUGUAAAAAUUUAUAAAUUGACAUUUUAUCGUGUCAAUGUCUCAAAUAUUCUACUAAUAAUAUGUAUAUAUACUGCAUUGUCUCGAAGUUCAAAAAUUGUGAAAUACAAAGUGAACGAUCGAUUCAAUUGACGGAUACGGUCUUUUCUCUCAACUUCCCAAAUACCCUUGCAAUAAACGUAAAGUUAGGGUAAAUUAGUUUGUAAUCUUUAUAUAAAUCCUCCAAAUCUAUGAGUUAAUAAAGGUUAUUAAAAAACACGAA